CAUGACUUAUCUAAGAAGGAACGAGAUCCUGGGGGCUUCGUGAUCAAAAUAGCUCUCGGGAACGGGAAGGAAGAUUCGGGGAUGCUUGACCUCGGAGCGAGAAUCAAUCUUAUGCCGUUUUCUAUCUUCCAUCAGCUCGGUCUAGGAGAUUUGAGAUCAACCCAUAUGUGCCUUCAACUUGCUGACCGUUCCAUUCGAUACCCUAAGGGAGUGGUGGAAGAUGUUCUUGUUCGUGUGGGAAAGCUCAUCGUCCCGGUGGACUUUGUAGUGCUCGAUGCGGGAGACGUUCACGAGAAUGGGAAGGACCAUACCAUCCUUCUCGGCAGGCCGUUUAUGGCCACCACCAACACCCUCAUUGAUGUCAAGAACGGGACCUUGAACAUGACUGUCCUAGGCGAGUCCGUGUCUAUCUCUGUCCGAGAGGCCACAUCUGGCCCUUCGGCGAACUAUGUGGAGGAAUGCGCCUUUAUUCAUGCGAGUGACCUGUUUGUGGAGGAGAUUGCUGGCAUCAGCCCUUCGACGUGUAUGCACCGGAUCAUUUUGGAAGAGGGUGCCAAGCCAUUUCGGGAUAGCCAGCGGCGGCUCAACCCGAACAUGAUGGAAGUAGUGAAAAAGGAAGUGCUGAAGCUAUACUCUGAGGGGCUCAUUUAUCCAGUGGCCGACAGUGAGUGGGUCAGUCCCAUCCAUGUGGUGCCGAAGAAAGGGGACAUCACGGUGAUCGAGAAUGAGAAGAAAGAGAUGGUCCCCACCCGUAUCACUACCGGGUGGCGAAUGUGCAUUGACUACCGGCGACUCAACGCCAUAACAAAGAAGGACCAUUUUCUGUUGCCGUUCAUUGAUCAAAUUCUCGAUCGUCUCUCGGGCCACCAGUUCUAUUGUUUUCUCGACGGUCUUUCGGGCUACUACCAAGUGGCCAUAGCUCCAGAGGAUCAGCCCAAGACAACCUUCACUUGCCCAUUUGGCACAUUUGCUUUCAGACGGAUGCCUUUCGGCCUUUGCAAUGCUCCCGGUACCUUCCAACGGUGCAUGUUCUCCGUUCUCUCCGACAUGCUCGAGGAUUGCAUACAGGUAUUCAUGGAUGACUUUUCUAUCUUUGGCACUUCAUUUUCUAAUUGUCUUCAUAAUUUGUCUCGUGUCCUCGAGAGGUGUAUUGAGUCUAACUUGACAUUGAGUUGGGAGAAAAGUCACUUUAUGGUGACAAGUGGAGUUGUGUUGGGUCAUGUGAUAUCUAGUCGUGGAAUUGAAGUUGAUAAGGCAAAAAUUGAUGUGAUUGAGAAACUCCCCCCUCCUGUAAAUGUUAAGGGAGUUAGAAGUUUUUUGGGUCAUGCUGGCUUUUAUAGGAGAUUUAUUAAAGAUUUUUCAAAAAUUAGCCAGCCUUUGUGUCACUUGCUUGCUAAUGAUGUGCCAUUUGUGUUUGAUAAUGCAUGUGUUGAGGCUUUUAAUAAAUUGAAAAAUAAGCUUGUGACUGCCCCUAUUGUGAUUGCACCUGACUGGUCUUUGCCCUUUGAGAUUAUGUGUGAUGCAUCGAACCUUGUUGUGGGAGCCGUUUUGGGCCAACGAGUUGAUAAAUUGCUUCGUGUAAUUUAUUAUGCUAGCUUGACCCUAAAUGGUGCCCAAUUAAAUUACACGACCACUGAAAAAGAGCUAUUAGCUGUUGUGUUUUCUCUUGAAAAAUUUAGAUCCUACAUCUUGGGGUCUAAAGUGAUUGUACAUUCUGAUCAUGCAACUCUUAGGUACCUUUUGAGUAAAACUCAAUCGAAACCUAAGCUUAUUAGGUGGAUUUUGCUUUUGCAAGAGUUUGAUGUAGAAAUUCGAGAUAGAAAAGGGUGUGAAAAUGUUGUAGCGGAUCACUUGUCUCGCAUUGUUCCCUCGGACCUUUCACUUGCAUUGAAUAAGCAUGUAGGCAUUAAUGAUGAUUUUCCAUAUGAGCAUGCGAAUGUAGUGGUUACUGUGCCUUGGUAUGCAGACAUCGUAAACUAUUUGUCAGAUGGAGUCUUGUUGUCUAACCUCUCUUCCCAAGAGAGGAAAC